UCCCCGGGAGAACCUCCCCUGCUGGAGGCUUUCCACCCAUUCUCUUCAGGACUGAGUGGCCAGAGUCUUGACUUCGUUUGCUGAAAUUUGCUUUCUACUGCACCAAGAGCCAUGCUUCGUGUGAUUGUAGAAUCUGCCAGUAAUAUCCCUAAAACAAAAUUUGGGAAACCGGAUCCUAUUGUUUCUGUGAUUUUUAAGGAUGAGAAAAAGAAAACAAAGAAGGUGGAUAAUGAACUCAACCCUGUGUGGAAUGAGAUUUUGGAGUUUGACCUGAGGGGUAUACCACUGGACUUCUCGUCUUCCCUUGAGAUUGUUGUGAAAGAUUUUGAGACAAUUGGACAAAAUAAAUUAAUUGGCACAGCCACUGUGUCACUGAAGGACCUGACAGGGGACCAGAGCAGAUCACUGCCCUACAAACUCAUCUCUCUGCUGAGUGACAGGGGGCAGGACACUGGGGCCACCAUUGACUUGGUGAUUGGCUAUGACCCACCUUCAGCUCCACACCCAAAUGACCCAAGUGGGACGAGCAUGCCGGCCAUGGGAGGAGAAGAGGAAGAAGAAGACCCAGGUGAUGACAGAUUGGAUGGUCCGGGUAGGGUCCCUGGGCCCAAAGGACCAACAGGGACAAUGACAGAAGCUCAGCUUGCUCGGAGGCUUGCUAAAGGCAAGAAGAGUCGGCGAAUGCUGUCCAACAAGCCACAGGACUUCCAGAUCCGAGUCAGAGUGAUUGAGGGUCGCCAGCUAAGUGGAAACAACAUAAGGCCCGUGGUCAAGGUCCAUAUCUGUGGCCAGACACACCGGACAAGGAUCAAGAGGGGGAAUAAUCCAUUUUUUGAUGAGUUAUUUUUCUACAAUGUCCACAUGACCCCUUCUGAACUGAUGGAUGAGAUGGUCAGCAUCCGGGUUUAUAAUUCCCAUUCUCUGCGGGCAGAUUGUCUGAUGGGGGAAUUCAAGAUCGAUAUUGGAUUUGUGUAUGAUGAACCUGGUCAUGCCAUCAUGAGGAAAUGGCUUCUCCUCAAUGACCCUGAAGAUACCAGUUCAGGUGCUAAGGGUUACCUGAAAGUCAGCAUGUUUAUCCUGGGAACUGGAGAUGAACCUCCUCCUGAGAAAAGAGAUCGUGAUAUCGACAGUGAUGAUGUAGAGAGCAAUUUGUUACUGCCUGCUGGCAUUGCCCUGCGGUGGGUGACCUUCUUGCUGAAAAUCUACCGAGCAGAGGACAUCCCACAGAUGGAUGAUGCUUUCUCACAGACUGUGAAGGAGAUAUUUGGUGGCACUGCAGAUAAGAAAAACCUGGUGGACCCUUUCGUUGAAGUUGCCUUUGCUGGAAAAAAGAUGUGCACAAAUAUAAUCGAGAAAAAUGCAAACCCUGUGUGGAAUCAAGUGGUCAAUCUUCAGAUCAAGUUCCCUUCGAUGUGUGAAAAAAUAAAACUAACAGUAUAUGACUGGGACCGUCUUACCAAAAAUGAUGUUGUUGGAACAACAUAUUUAUACCUCUCCAAAAUUGCUGCCUCUGGUGGGGAAGUAGAAGAUCUCUCAUCUUCGGGAACUGGGGCUGCAUCGUAUACAGCAAAUACAGGAGAAACAGAGGUGGGCUUUGUCCCAACAUUUGGACCUUGUUACCUGAACCUUUAUGGGAGCCCUAGGGAAUACACUGGAUUCCCAGACCCCUAUGAUGACCUAAACACAGGAAAGGGAGAAGGAGUUGCUUACAGAGGCAGGAUCUUGGUUGAAUUAAGCACUUUCCUUGAAAAGACACCACCAGACAAGAUGCUUGCGCCCAUUUCAAAUGAUGACUUGUUGGUUGUUGAGAAAUAUCAGCGAAGGAGGAAGUACAGCCUGUCUGCUGUGUUUCAUUCAGCCACCAUGUUGCAAGAUGUUGGUGAGGCCAUUCAGUUUGAAGUCAGCAUUGGAAACUAUGGCAACAAGUUUGAUGCAACGUGUAAGCCUUUGGCAUCCACCACACAGUAUAGCCGUGCUGUAUUUGAUGGGAACUACUAUUACUACUUACCUUGGGCCCACACAAAGCCGGUUGUUACCCUGACUUCCUACUGGGAGGAUAUUAGUCAUCGCCUGGAUGCAGUGAACACACUCUUAGUCAUGGUAGAACGGCUGCAAUCCAAUAUAGAAGCCCUAAAAUCAGGGAUCCAAGACAAAAUUACCGAAAACCAGUUGGCUGAACUGUGGUUGACGCUUAUAGAUGCAGUUAUAGAAGAUACAAGAUACACCUUACCUGUCACAGAAGGCAAAUCUAAUGUCACAGUUCUUGAUACUCAGAUCCGAAAGUUGAGGACCCGAUACCUCUCCCAGAUACACGAGGCAGCUGUGAGGAUGAGGUCUGAAGCCACGGAUGUGAAGUCAACCUUGUUAGAAAUUGAAGACUGGCUUGACAAAUUAAUGCAAUUGACUGAAGAGCCACAGAACAGCAUGCCUGACAUUAUCAUCUGGAUGAUUCGAGGGGAGAAAAGACUGGCCUAUGCCCGAAUUCCUGCACAUCAGGUUUUAUACUCCACCAGUGGAGGAAAUGCAACUGGGAAAUACUGUGGAAAAACCCAAACCGUCCUCCUGAAGUACCCACAGGAGAAAAACAGUGGGCCCAAAGUGCCUGUGGAAUUGCGAGUGAACAUCUGGCUGGGCUUAAGUGCUGUUGAGAAGAAGUUCAAUAGCUUUGCUGAAGGAACAUUCACCGUCUUUGCUGAAAUGUAUGAAAAUCAAGCUCUCGUGUUUGGAAAAUGGGGCACCUCUGGAUUAGUGGGCCGUCAUAAAUUUUCUGAUGUCACAGGAAAGAUAAAACUCAAGAGAGAAUUCUUUUUGCCCCCAAAAGGCUGGGAAUGGGAAGGAGACUGGAUAGUUGACCCUGAAAGAAGCUUGCUGACCGAGGCGGAUGCAGGUCACACAGAGUUCACCGAUGAAGUCUACCAGAAUGACAGCCGCUACCCUGGAGGCGAGUGGAAGCCAGCAGAGGACACCUACACCGAUGCGAAUGGCGAUAAAGCAGCAUCACCCAGUGAGCUGACUUGUCCUCCAGGUUGGGAGUGGGAGGAUGAUGCCUGGGUCUAUGACAUCAACCGAGCGGUGGAUGAGAAAGGCUGGGAGUAUGGAAUUACUGUUCCUCCUGACAAUAAGCCCAAGGCCUGGGUUGCAGCAGAGAAAAUGUAUCACACUCAUAGACGGCGAAGGCUGGUCCGAAAACGCAAGAAAGACUUGACACAGACACCUUCAAGUACUGCAAGGGCUAUCGAAGAAUACGAAGACCGGGAGGGCUGGGAGUAUGCUUCUUUCAUUGGCUGGAAGUUUCACUGGAGGCAGCGUAGUUCAGACGCCUUUCGCCGGAGACGCUGGAGGAGGAAAAUGGCGCCUUCAGAAACCCAUGGUGCCGCUGCCAUCUUCAAACUCGAAGGUGCUCUUGGCGCUGAUACCAGUGAAGAUGGAGAUGAGAGGAGCAAGGAGAAACAGAAGCACACCGCCACCACUGUGUUUGGGGCAAACACACCCAUUGUGUCUUGUAACUUUGACAGAGUCUACAUCUACCAUCUGCGCUGCUAUAUCUACCAAGCCAGAAACCUGAUGGCUUUGGACAAAGAUAGUUUUUCAGAUCCAUAUGCUCAUAUCUCCUUCCUCCAUCGAAGCAAAACCACAGAGAUCAUCCACUCAACCCUGAAUCCCACAUGGGACCAAACAAUUAUAUUUGAUGAAGUUGAGAUCUAUGGAGAACCCCAGACAGUUCUACAGAACCCACCCAAAGUUAUCAUUGAACUUUUUGACAACGACCAAGUGGGCAAAGAUGAGUUUUUAGGACGAAGCAUUUGCUCUCCUUUGGUGAAACUAAACCCAGAAAUGGACAUCACUCCCAAACUUCUGUGGCACCCAGUCAUGAAUGGAGAUAAGGCGUGUGGAGAUGUCCUUGUGACUGCAGAGCUGAUUCUAAGGGAUAAGGAUGGCUCCAACCUUCCCAUUCUUCCUUCUCAAAGGGCACCCAAUCUAUACAUGGUCCCCCAGGGGAUCAGGCCUGUGGUUCAGCUCACCGCUAUUGAGAUUCUAGCUUGGGGCCUACGAAACAUGAAGAACUACCAGAUGGCUUCCAUCACGUCCCCCAGUCUCGUUGUGGAGUGUGGCGGGGAAAGGGUGGAGUCUGUGGUCAUCAAAAACCUGAAGAAGACACCCAACUUUCCAAGCUCCGUUCUCUUCAUGAAAGUGUUCUUACCUAAGGAAGAAUUGUACAUGCCUCCACUGGUGAUCAAGGUGAUCGACCACAGGCCAUUCGGGCGGAAGCCUGUGGUUGGCCAGUGCACCAUUGACCACCUGGACCGCUUUCGCUGUGACCCUUAUGCAGGAAAGGAGGAUAUUGUGCCACAGCUGAAAGCCUCCCUCAUGUCUGCGCCCCCUUGCCGGGAUGUCGUUAUUGAAAUAGAAGACACUAAACCAUUACUGGCCUCCAAGUGCUUAAGCAGCAUGUCAACUGCACUCAGCAAAAUGGCUUCGCCAAGGACAGUGCAUCUGUCAGAAAAGGAGGAAGAAAUUGUGGACUGGUGGAGUAAAUUUUAUGCUUCCUCAGGGGAACAUGAAAAAUGUGGACAAUAUAUUCAGAAAGGCUACUCCAAACUCAAGAUAUAUGACUGUGAACUUGAGGAUGUAAUAGACUUUGAGGGCCUGACAGACUUCUCAGAUACUUUCAAGUUGUACCGAGGCAAGUCAGAAGAAAAUGAAGAUCCUUCUGUGGUGGGAGAAUUCAAAGGCUCCUUCAGGAUCUACCCCCUGCCAGAUGACCCCAGUGUGCCAGCCCCUCCCAGGCAGUUUCGGGAAUUACCUGACAGCAUUCCACAGGAAUGCACAGUGCGGAUUUACAUUGUUCAAGGCUUAGAGCUGCAGCCCCAGGACAACAAUGGCCUGUGUGACCCUUACAUAAAAAUAACACUGGGCAAGAAAGUUAUUGAAGACCGAGACCACUACAUUCCCAACACCCUCAACCCAGUUUUCGGCAGGAUGUAUGAACUAAGCUGCUACCUGCCUCAAGAAAAAGACCUGAAAAUUUCUGUCUAUGAUUAUGACACCUUUACCCGGGAUGAGAAGGUGGGGGAGACUGUCAUUGACCUGGAAAACCGCUUCCUCUCCCGGUUCGGCUCCCACUGUGGCAUCCCUGAGCAGUACUGCGUCUCUGGAGUCAAUACCUGGAGAGAUCAGCUGAGACCAACACAGUUGCUUCAAAAUGUAGCCAGAUUCAAAGGCUUCCCACAACCUAUCCUUUCUGAAGAUGGAAAUAGAAUCCGAUAUGGAGGACGAGACUACAGCUUGGAUGAAUUUGAAGCCAACAAAAUCCUGCAUCAGCAUCUCGGGGCCCCAGAAGAACGUCUUGCCCUCCACAUCCUCAGGACUCAAGGGCUGGUUCCUGAACAUGUGGAAACAAGGACUUUGCACAGCACUUUCCAGCCCAACAUCUCCCAGGGAAAACUUCAAAUGUGGGUAGAUGUUUUUCCCAAGAGUUUGGGGCCACCAGGCCCUCCUUUCAACAUCACGCCACGGAAAGCCAAGAAGUACUACCUCCGAGUGAUCAUCUGGAACACCAAGGAUGUCAUCCUGGAUGAGAAAAGUAUCACUGGAGAGGACAUGAGCGAUAUCUACGUCAAAGGCUGGAUUCCUGGCAGUGAAGAAAACAAACAGAAAACAGAUGUCCAUUACAGGUCUUUGGAUGGUGAAGGGAAUUUUAACUGGAGAUUUGUCUUCCCGUUUGACUACCUCCCUGCUGAACAACUCUGUAUUGUGGCUAAAAAGGAGCAUUUCUGGAGUAUUGACCAAACAGAAUUCCGAGUCCCACCCCGACUGAUCAUUCAGAUAUGGGACAAUGACAAAUUUUCUCUGGAUGACUACUUGGGUUUCCUGGAACUUGAUUUGCAUCAUACCAUCCUUCCAGCAAAGUCGUCAGAGAAAUGCAAUUUGGACAUGGUUCCAGACCUCAAAGCCAUGGACCCCCUUAAAGCUAAAACUGCCUCGCUCUUUGAACAGAAAUCCAUGAAAGGAUGGUGGCCGUGCUAUGCAGAUAAAGAUGGCUGCCGUGUGCUGGCUGGGAAAGUCGAGAUGACACUGGAGGUCCUCAAUGAGAAGGAGGCUGACGAGAGGCCAGCCGGGAAGGGGCGGGAUGAACCCAACAUGAACCCCAAGCUGGACCCACCAAACCGUCCAGAAACCUCCUUCCUCUGGUUCACCAACCCAUGCAAGACCAUGCGGUUCAUUGUGUGGCGCCGGUUCAAGUGGGUCAUCAUCGGCCUGCUCAUCCUGCUCAUCCUGCUGCUCUUCGUGGCUGUGCUCCUGUACUCACUGCCGAACUAUUUGUCAAUGAAGAUUGUGAGGCCAAAUGCGUAAUGAAAACCAAGACUUCUUUCUAAGAGUCAUCCAGCCAUGAGGGAAUUCUGCCUCUGCCUGUGGACCAAAUUCAAGUAUGACCUCGUUAGUGUCUAAGAUAACAGGCCAACAACAUGUUAUUCUACUUUACCAAAGCUCAUCACUUCCCAAAGCGUCUAAAUCCUGGAAAACCAGGCCAACAAACGGCAAUAUUUUUUUAUUAUCUUGUUAUCUUUUGAAGUGUCAAAAGCUUUAUUUUCUAAAGUUGACCGUGUUUUUCAAGGUGGCUGGUUCCAUUUAAAAAUCAUCUUUUUUUUAUGUGUUGUUCUUUCUGUGAUUCAAGUAUGUUUGCCAAUUGUUGCAGUAGAAUUUGAAAACUUAUGUACCUUUAUGUCUUACACUUUUUAUUUGUAAUCAAGAGAAAAAAACUGUGCAAUCUAAAAGUAAAGUAGUUAAGAGUAGUUUUUAUUUAUGCUCACAAUCGUUGUUCUAUUUUGUAUGGAUAACCAUCAGGAGACUAAAUGCAAGUACAUAUAAAAAUGCAAAUAAAACAGUUUCAACUUUUA